UGGAGUUCUCCAUUUUAGGAGAGGCUGUAUUGAUGAGUUCAUAUUUUGGGGACCAACACUUGAGAAGAUUGCAGCCAUUUGGGUAGGCCUUGAGUCAGGUCAGUGGAGAUUAGGACAAAUGAGCUUAACUAUUAUUUGUCAGCAUCAAUCGCCGUCUACUGAAACUGACAAGAAUCCUGUGCAGUUUAGGGUUUCCAAUAUGACUUUGGCCUUGAGGAUAUACUACUUGGUGAAGCUAAUGACUUUUCCAUGGCAGAACUUAGACCCUGUUCAGUUACCGAGCUUUCUGGGGAUGUCAUUGCCUCAGUAAAUGACAAACAAUUGCAUCCAUCUUUACUCGGUAGCCAGAGUUUAUCUAGUGAAGAAAGCAUGAAGGAAUAUGCAGACUUGAAAUUUUCAUUGUUGCUUUAUGAUGCAAUGCUUAUCCUUGCUGGUUCCUCAAUUGCCUCAUUCUCACUUGGAGAAAAUGCUGCAUUAGCAUUCUUAACAGGUGGGAUUGGAGGGUUCUUAUAUCUACUGUUACUGCAAAGGUCGGUCGAUGGAUUGCCGGCUGCAGAAAUGGUUCCAACAAACAGUAUGGAAAACUUGGGUCAAAUACUGGGAAAAUCUAGAGGUUCACUGACAAGCUUGGUUCUGGCUUUUGCAUUAGCUGUUAUUGCUGCAAAAUACAUCUCAGGAGAUGCUGCCAGGGUGUUGACACCAAACGACCUUAUUUUCGGGAUGGCUGGGUUCCUAAUGUGUAAGAUAUCUGUGGUUUUGGCAGCAUUCAGACCUUUGCCAACAGGCUCAAGAGAAAACAAGUGAUUCCUCUAGUUAUGUAAAUACCAUCUGUACAGAACAGUCAUAGAGCAGAUGUUCACCAUCUAUAUUUCCAGGUGUCCUUAGGCGAUUUUCCAAAUGUAAAACAGACGUCGAGUUUUGUAGAAUACAUAUACUCAUUUUGCACAAUCUCUGCACUCCUACGCAGGAUAAGAUUGCUUUUUCAGCAAUGUUAAUGGGAUAUUAAUAAUGUCUGAUCAUUUUGCUGUCA